AUGCAUAUUCUUGGGACUACUUUCUUUUUUAUUAUAGCCCUCAAGGUCUGUCUAGGUUUCUACCUUCAGACGUCGGAGGUCCAGGCGUAUGUUGGAGAAAGCGUGAUCUUGCCCUGCGAUGGUUCAGGGUUCCCUGUGGAGGAGCUGCAUGUUCACUGGGAGGCGAUGGGCAAAGACGUGAUCUCUCUGCGAGGAGACGUUGUCACGGUCGGGAGAGGGUUCGAAGACCGGGUGAACUUCCUCAGCGAUCCAGCAGAGUCUGAGGACUUUUCCCUCAUUCUGUCAGACGUGAUGCUGAACGAUGGAGAGAUAUACGAAUGUCUCUGGGAGGGAACAAAACCCAUUUGCUCUGUGCUACUACAAGUGUCCACACCAGCGGAUCUCACCGAUCAUGUUGAAGUGUUUGAAGGCGAGGAUAUCACUUUGGAGUGCUUUGGAAAUAUCCCUAAAAACAAACCAUGGGAAGACAUUUACAUCCAGUGGCUGAAGGAUGAGAGAGAAAUCCUGCGCUUGAGCUCUGGAAAGAUGGACGUCAGUAUUGAUUACAGUGUCCUGAGGUUACCGGCCAAACACGACAUCAGUCGCGGUCUCUUCUCGCUGAGCAUCCCGUCAGUCAGUGUUGUCGACCGGGGCGUUUAUCAGUGCCGUUACAAGAGCACCGACUACGAGGCGCCGCGGAGCGGAUUCCCGGAGACACACACGCUCACGGUCCGGGCUCCACUUCUAGUGACGGAUAUGUCAGUCACGGAGACAGGCGCCAAUUCUGGUCAACCUCUGGAGCUCUUGUGGGAUGAGGUUCCCUGGAUCCGCAUCGGUCUCAUCAGCGGGGUUCUGCUCGUUACUGCUGUCGUUCUGGGUUUAUUGCUGGUAUUUGGAAGAAUCUGA